AUGACACAACUACCGGACAGACAAACGGCUCUCACCUUUGGGGAAGAUGGAAACUUGCACGUCUCUCACGAAGCCCAGGUGGCCACACUCAAGCCGGACAUGAUUAUCGUUAAGACAGCAGUGGUAUCGGUAAAUCCUGUCGACACUAAGAUGGAAGCCGGUUUCUCAAAACCUGGCCUGAUCGGAGGAUGUGACUUUGCGGGUGUUGUUGUGGCGGUUGGGUCAGGGGUUAAACGAGAUGUCAAAGUUGGAGACCGGGUUAGCGGAGCAGUGAUGGGGUCCGACCCACUGGACCCCUCAUCUGGAGCCUUUGCAACAUAUGUCAGCGCCCCGGCCGAUAUCACUCUGACCCUUCCCGAAAGUGUUCCAUGGUCUGUCGGUGGAGCUAUGUCCACUAUCUGGUUCACUGCCGGCCAAGCUUUGUUCCAAAAUCUCUUGUCAGAGCUUGAUGUCUGGCCUAUACUCCGCCCCGCAAAAGAGCCGAAAACUGUCCUUGUUUACGGUGGAAGUACCUCCGUAGGUACAACUGCUAUUCAGCUUCUCAAACUUGCCGGUCUCCGCCCUAUUGCAACAUGCUCCCCUAAGAAUUAUGAGCUUGUCAAGAGCUAUGGAGCGGAUGAAGUCUUUGAUUACCGCUCUCCAACCUGUGCGGAGGAUAUUAAAAAAGCAACCAGGAACAACCUAAAAUAUGCACUUGACUGCAUCUCGACAAAGGGUUCAAUUGAUAUCUGCUAUGGUGCCAUUGGUCGUGCUGGCGGCCAUUAUACCUCCCUUGACCCAUUCUGGGAGUCGACAGCAAAUACUAGAAAGGCGAUCAAGGCUACUUGGAUUGUGGGUAUAUCCAUGUUGGGCAAAGACAUUGCCUGGCCACCGCCCUAUGAGAGGCCAGGAAGUGAGGAAACAAGGGCAUUUGGUGGGAAGCUGGCUCAGAUCCUCCAGAAAAUACUCAACGAGAAGAAAAUGAAGCCACAUCCGCUUAGGGUCAAGGACAGAGCAACAUGGGAUGAUGUCCUUGUAGGGCUGGACGAGGUGAAAUCAGGAAAAGUGUCAGGGGAGAAGCUUGUGUUUGUUUUCUAA